AUGGGGGGGAGGGGUUAUAAAAAUAACAUUUACGUUUACAUUGUUUUCUGUUUAUCGUAGUUUGCUAGAGCAGUUUGCUUACGGCGUUAUUAUUUGUGAUUGAGCGAUGGAUAGGCAAGGAGAUGGAGACUGAAUCUUCUCCUGAGGCAGAGCACGCCCACGAUCCAGCAAUGUCUGCGGGGAAUGCUGGUGGCUUGUUUGAGACGCUACUGGUCACCACCGAGAGCAACAUCACCACCAUCCGCUACAACCGGCCUCAUAGGAAGAAUGCCAUCUCGAAUGUGAUGUACCAUGAGAUUGUAAAGGCCCUGGAGCUUGCAGGCAAAGACGAGUCUGUGAUGGCUGUGCUCACCGGUACUGGUGACUACUACUGUAGUGGCAAUGACUUGGCCAACUUCAAAUCUGUGGAGGAUUCGGUCGAGGAGGACAAGGAUCACAUGUUUAGGGACUUUGUGAGGGCGUUCAUUGACUUCCCGAAGCCCCUGAUUGCUGUGGUGAAUGGUCCAGCAGUUGGAGCAGCUGUCACAGUGCUCGGACUAGUUGACAUGGUCUAUGCAACCGAAAGGGCGACUUUCCAUACCCCUUUCGUCAAACUGGGACUGUGCCCGGAGGGGUGCUCGUCCUACCUCUUUCCCAAAAUCAUGGGCCCAGCCAAGGCCAGCGAGAUGCUGCUUUUUGGUAAGAAGCUGUCGGCGACGGAGGCCUGCCAGCAGGGACUGGUGACUGAGGUCUUCCCUGACAGCACGUUCCAGACGGAGGUGUGGGAGAGGCUGAAAGCCUACACUCAGCUGCCCAGAGACUCACUGGCCCUGUCCAAACGGCUCAUCCGGAGCGUGGAGAAGGAGAAGCUCCACAGUGUUAACGACAGGGAGUGCGAGCAGGUGAAGGAAAGACUGCACUCGGAGGAGGCUCUGAAUGCCGUCAUCCACUUCCUCCAGGCCAAAUCGAAGCUGUGACGGCCAGAUCGUCUGGACGCGCCUCUCUGAACGCCCGCUCACCAAGCUAGAACUGCGAACUGAGAGCUGGUCGAGUGCUGCCUGAGCCUGAGCCCAUACAGGGGACUAUGACUACAGUACAGAGGCUUCUGGAAAAAUAAUUGUUAAUUCAACUUGAUCGUUGAUAUUUUAACACAUGCCUUUUUAUUGUUAAGUUUAUGCCUUGCAGGAUAUGCUGUCUGAACUGUUGCUUGCUUGCUAGUUAACCAGUCAGCUACAUAACCAUCCACUGAAGCUGAAAGAGAAUCUGGCACUGGGUAGCUAACCUAUGUGGUUUCAUUGUAAACAAACUACUUGAAUCUGGCAGUGCAGUGUAGUUGGAUAGCUAGCCAGCUAAGAAUGAAACGGGGCAGGCAUGGCUUCAUAUCUUGCUAUGCUUUUAAAAAAAAGUCUUUUAAGAGUCCAAAUUUUGUAGUCAUGCAACUUUCAGAGGCAGAAAACAGUUAUUUAGGGUUUACAUGUAUAAUAAGAAAGAUUGGAAAUUGGUUCAAAUGGCAUCAGGUGCGUAUCCUUAAGUAAAAACGUUAUCUAUGUGCCCUGUAAUUGGCUGCUUUGUACAGAUGUUUUUAUGACACAUUAAAUUAAAUCUGAACUGUUAA